UUACCUGCACCGAAUACUUACGAUUAAUUUGCAACUUUAGAAAACACAAACAAAAUCCUCAAAUCAUUAUUGUUAGUAUUAAAAUAAUAGUUCUCAUUCAACCAACCCAAUCAUAGUUUCAAGCUCACUUCAUUUUCAUGUCUUUAUAUUAAGCCUUCAAAGCUAAGUCGGUAUCAGUGUUGAAGUGUGUCACUCUUCCAAACAUAACAUAGAUCUGUGAAAACAAUGGGAAGCAGAAGCACUAGUGUGCUAUCUCUACUAUGUCUUGUUCUUGCAUUAGUAAGCGUGUCUUUAGUGCAAGCAGAAGAUGAUUAUAAGUUCUACACAUGGACUGUGACUUAUGGAAUUCUUUCUCCUCUUGGUACUCCUCAACAAGUUAUUUUGAUUAAUGGUCAAUUUCCUGGUCCUAGACUUGAUUUGAUUACUAAUAACAAUGUGAUUCUCAAUCUUGUCAACAAGCUAGAUGAGCCAUUUCUACUAACAUGGAAUGGCAUUAAACAAAGGAAAAAUUCAUGGCAAGAUGGAGUACUGGGAACAAACUGUCCUAUUCCACCAAACUCAAAUUAUACUUACAAGUUUCAAACCAAGGAUCAAAUUGGAACUUAUUCAUAUUUUCCAUCAACUAAAAUGCAUAAAGCUGCUGGAGGGUUUGGAGGGCUCAAUGUUUAUCGUAGAUCUGUCAUUCCAAUCCCUUAUCCAAAUCCUGAUGGAGAUUUUACUCUACUCAUUGGUGAUUGGUACAAGGCCAGCCACAAGGUAUUGAGACAAUCUUUAGAUUUAGGAAAAUCUCCUGGUUUUCCUGAUGGGCUCCUUAUCAAUGGUCAAGUUCAUUCGACCUUCACUGGUAACCAAGGAAAAACAUACAUGUUCAGGAUCUCAAAUGUGGGUUUAUCAACCUCAAUCAACUUUAGAAUUCAGGGUCAUACACUAAAACUAGUCGAGGUUGAAGGAUCACAUACUCUCCAAAACGUAUAUGAUUCACUUGAUGUACAUGUUGGACAAUCAGUUUCUGUGUUAGUUACCUUAAAUCAACCUCCAAAGGACUAUUACAUUGUUGCCUCAACAAGAUUUACUCAAACUGUUCUCAGCACAACUUCUGUGCUGCACUAUUCAAACUCUCGUUCCUCAGCAUCAGGACCCUUGCCUGCUCCCCCUGCCGACAAUUAUGACUGGUCUAUGAAGCAAGCUAGAACUUACAGAUGGAAUCUGACAGCAAAUGCUGCUAGGCCUAACCCACAAGGGUCAUUCCAUUAUGGAAAGAUAAUUCCAACUAAAAGAAUAUAUUUGGCCAAUUCAGCACCAUUGAUCAAUGGAAAGCUCCGUUAUGCAGUUAAUAGUGUCUCCUAUAUUAACCCUGAUACCCCUCUUAAACUUGCUGAUUACUUCAACAUUCCUGGAAUCUUGGGUGAUAUUCAAACCACUCCAUCUAAUGGUCCCGCACAUAUAGCUACAUCGGUGUUGCGAACUUCGCUUCAUGAUUUCAUUGAGGUUGUUUUCCAAAACAAUGAAAACACCAUGCAGUCUUGGCAUCUUGACGGUUAUGAUUUUUGGGUUGUUGGUUAUGGUUCUGGCCAAUGGACAGAUGCAAGUAGAAGUACCUAUAAUCUAGUGGAUGCUUUGACUAGACACACUGCCCAGGUGUAUCCAAACUCGUGGACAGCAAUAUUGGUAUCAUUGGAUAACCAAGGUAUGUGGAAUUUGAGAUCAGCCAUAUGGGAAAGACAAUAUCUUGGACAACAGUUGUAUCUAAGAGUGUGGAAUGCACAACGUACUGCAGCCAAUGAAUAUGACAUUCCUAAUAAUGCUCUGCUUUGUGGCAAAGCAUUGGGACAUCAUCCUUAGAGUAUACGUUUUCAACCAUUCAUUGGUUUCAUUCUAGUCAUGAGAGCUUGACUACAACUAGAUUUUUAUUUAUUAAGAUGAUAUAGGAUUAGAGGGAGAAGCUAUUUUAUCAAAUUUGUGACAGUCUCAACAUAUGCUUGAGAGAAAUCAUGUACUGAAAUUUCUUUGCCAACUUAUUUUCAUACGGGCACAAUCCAUGAGCAUGCAUGGUUAUUUUACUAGUAAUUUCUGAAUUCAAAUCAACAGACAGACACAUUCAGUUGCUAAUAAUAUGUGUCUGCAACUUCUUGAAGAUAUGCACAAAGCUCUUUUGGUUUAGAGAACAUAGGCAUGUGGUCAGCAUCAACAAUCACUUUGACAUCAUUAGCAGGGUUUCGUUCAAUCAUUGAUAGCUGAAAAUCAUGCUCUAAUACUUUGUCUUGUUGGCACACAAUGAAGACUUUGGCAACAGUUCCAUAGUUAUCUUUUGUGACUCUUGUUUUCUCUUGUAAUAGUUCUUCAUCACCAUAGCUCCUAGCAGGCCUUAUUAAUGACAUUGCAAGGGACAAGUCCUGGUUCA